AGUCUCCCUUUGAGUAUGACACUUUGAGAAGACCAGAGGGACAGCAGCUUAGAAUUUGCGAGUUUGCAAGAAAUCACUUUUCUCUGGUCAACUUGUAUUCUGCGGAAAUCAACAUGUGGAACUCAAUUACGGCGUUCUGGCUGGUCCUUCAUUUGAUCCAUGUGGCAGCUGGGGCUGUCCAUGCCAAUACCCAAUUUGAAGAGACUCAACCCAGUCAGCUUCAAAGAGCCGAAGAGUCCUUUCUGCCUGACCUUGGUGAAGGAGAGUACUCAUCACUUUACCCAGCAUCUUUUAUCACUGAAAAUGGAGAAAACCUUGAUGUUGAGCAUGAAUCAAACAAUGGGGAGGAGGACGUGUCUGGGUUGGCCCGCCUGCAGAGGCGAGGCUUACGCAACACCCGCCGCUGCUUCCGCCACCAGGAGUCCUGCCUGGGCCACCAGCUGCCCUGCUGCGACCCCUGCGACACCUGCUACUGCCGCUUUUUCAACGCCAUCUGCUACUGCCGCCGGAUAGGAGGGCCCUGUCUGCACGGGCGUCACUAGCAUACCCUCUCCUGCCCAAUGCUACUCCAUAGCGCCCUUUCUUUGACCCGCCCCCUGAUUGUACACCGUUUCUACAAUAGCAAGGUCAGCCGGGCCCUGUUUGGCCUCAAUUUCAUGCCUUUGCAAUCUGGGGACUGUAUCGGUACUCACGUGUAACUACUUUUGUAAAUACUUAUCUUGCUUUUGCGAUGUGUGAUAUAGCAUUCCCUUCUUUGGUGGCUCAGAUUAAA